AUCAGCGCUAAUAAUAUUAUAUUUAUAUAAAUAUUAUAUAAAAAUAUUUUAUAUUUAUAUUUAAAAAUAUAAGUAUGCUAUUACAGGAUGUUAUUAAUUGGACUACGUCUAGGUCACGCUCAUAUAAGUAUAGUUGAAGUAUUAAUUAAAACAUUUGCCUCUAAAGUAGAAGAAAAUCUUAAGAAAGAUACAAAGCAUGCUACAAAAUUAAAGAGCUUCAAUUAAUUGUUUUCCACAUUACAUUUUAAUAGUAGCCAAACAACAAAAUUUUACUAAUUUGAUGGAUACACUUUUUAAUUGUUCUAAAUAUAAUGGAUGGAUAAAUGGAUCAACCUUGAACUUCCCACCCAUCGUAACGGCCUGAUAGAUGUUUUCUCUGUGUUGUGUUUGACACAUCUUCCACCAUAUGAAUGUGUGUUUGACUGAUGUUACGGUUUAAUGCUUUUUGAUACAUAUUGGGGCAGCAAUAGGUGUGACCUCAUAAGCCAUUUUGUGUUUUAACAGUAUUUUUAAAUUGAAUUUACCAGAAUUUAUCCAUGUCAAGUUCCCCUCCAGUUACAACAACAACAGCGUCGAGGUAGAUAACAGUAAUUAGAUUAUAAUGGGCGUUGCAACCACUCAUUCUUCCAAGUAAGCUCAGGAUUUGAACGUAAUCUGGGAUUUGGUAGCUCAGUGCUGAGUGGUGUGGAAACCAAGCAACGAGUCUGCAGUUAAAUUACAUACCUUGUCAUGUUCUUCAAGUGUAUAGGUGUAAGAGGGAGAGAUUGUGUAGUGGGAGACCAUUUUUCAGACUGUUUUGGGUUUAAUGGUCUGCCUAACAGUUUUAAGCCACAAAUUAUGCUAGUUAAAAUCUCAUGACUGCUGGCAAUAAAUCUGUCACACAAAGUGGUUGGAAGAACAUUUGACAAACUCCACUGCAGCGCAUGAGCUGAAAACUAAAAAAAAAAAGAAAAAGAAAAGAGGAGCUAAAGUCCAUUUGCAAAAGAGAAACUGUUAAAAUUAAAAUUAAAUAGCUUAAUUAACCAACAGUCUGAAACGCUUAUGUAAUUUUAAACACAGUGCUGUCCUGGACUGACACUCAUGUCAUGGGUUAAGCUCAUCUUGUCAGUCAUUCUUUAUUAAUACAGGAUUAUAUUUAUUCUCAAUCCCAAACUCACACGCUCCUCGCACAAGUGCACGGGCUGCGAGAGGCCGCCAAAGGUAGCGAGGCAGGCGCGGGGAGCGCUGUGUGGAGCCACAGGAGAUUCGUCCACUCAGAUGGAGGCCUGCUGCACAGUCGGCUGCUGACAGAGGCUUCACUGAACAACAGGAGGAUUUCUCUCAGACGGGAAUAAUCUGCAGCUUGAUAAAGUGAGAAGCUCAGAAUCUGUCCUUCUUCCCCAGAUGUUUCCUUGGUCUGCCGUUUUCACCCUUGAGCCCAAGGUGCCGGGCCAUCGCACCACAGAGGAGCUGGUGACCAACACCCUCAUGCUGGAGUUGGGGGCCAUGGUGAAGCGCACCGAGCGCGUCCGCUUGGAGAGGGCCACGGAGGGUCGGCGCCGCCGCCGCAGCUCUACCUCCGCGGCCGACUACAGCUGGCUGGCCAACCCACCGGCGCCGCAGCCCUAUGAGCUCACUCCCAACGACCUCCUGGAGCUGCAGGACCUCUGCGCCAAGAUCCCCCCUGCACAGUGUGGCCCAGUCAUCGUCAGGUUCAGGAAGCUGGUGUCGCAGAUGGUGCCGGAGGUCCACGAGGUCCCCCGGCUAUUUCGGUCGGUGCUGCGCGACUGCGUGGAAGAGGUGAACGGGAACGAAGACAUUCAGAUGCACGACAUGGUGGUGGAGAAGCAGCAGCGCAGCAAGAGCCUCUCCUUCAUCACCUUCCGCACGAAGCUGCGCUCGGGGCAACUCUUCAGGGGAAGCGGCAUGAGAGGCUCCAGGGGGAACCUGCAGCAGCAGGUGGAUUGGUCGGACGAGGAGGAGGACGGAGAAGGGGAGGAGGAGGCCAUCAAGGCCAGGGCGAGGAAGGGAAGGAGCAGGAGCAUGCCAGAAAUCACCCCGAUGGAGCAGAGCGCUCAGGGGUGAGAGGAAGGAGGGGAUCUGAGGAGAGGAACUGAAACAAGGGAAGAGGACCCGUAGAGGAGUUUGGCAACAGGGGAAAGUAAAGUCACAGAGGUCGAGGUAGGGAAGUGAGGCUAAAUUAUAGACAGCAGAUAUAAAUAGAUAUGUAGGAGGAAAGGAAAGAGGGAUGGUGGCAACUGGGGAAACGGUGGACAUAGGUUUGAACGUUUUCUUUAAUGAUUAUUUGGAUGGAAAAAGAGAGGACUGGUUUGUUUUUGCUGAUGAACGUGAAAGUCUUUUGUGAAAGCGCUGUCCUGGUUUUAAGGCACCUGAAGCAUUUUGUUGUGUCGAGUGGCUCCUCAUCGACAACGUUAGCGCCACGCUAGCAACCACAAGCUUAACACACCGAUGUUUAGUAGACUUAAUUCUUUUCAACACCGUCACCAUCUCAAAUGUAAAUAAUAGGCUCACAAAAUGUGAAGUAUUGGACAAAUGUCCUCUUAAAUGCUUAAUGACAGAUUUGCACAUCAACAGUUAAUACAAUUUAUCAUUUUUAUUUCAGUGCAUAUUUUCGUGGAAGUCCAUCUAAUACUUAUUUCAGUCAGUAGCAAAGUGAUGGAGGCACCUGUGGACGUGUCCUCCUCAUAGUCACGACGCUAGUUCAGAUAAAAAUAGUUGUUUUGUUGUGUAAAAAGCUUCGUUCCUAAAAUAAUGUUGUCUGGGUUCUUGAUAAAUCGCACCAUCUCUUAUUAAGGUUCUCUUUAUAAUCGUGUUAUGCAACGGUCUGGACAGUUGUAGAAAGCCAAGUUCGGCUCAAUCAGCCUCAGUUUGGCUCCAUAUCAGCAGCCGUCAGUGGUGCUAUCACAGCAAUAAAAUCCUUCGAAGCAGGAACAAAGUAGAAUCAUGCCUAUUAUUUUUUAUCAUUAUUAUUUAUUGUGGAAAUAACAUGUAUUUAAGGAAAUAAAUAUACAGUAAGCUGAUUUCUUCUGUGAUUAAAUGUUUUUUUUUUUUUUUACAAACAUGUCCUGGUUUUAUUUCAAAUAUAGCUGAGACUAAAUGUCCGUGGUAUCUGUGGUUAUUCUGUAGCCUGGUUCCCUUUCUUUAAAGAGCCGUCUGUUUUCCUUUCAGUUGUCGUAAGUUGUCGCAGAUGGCAAAGACAUACGUCUCGAGAAUGAAAAUAGAAAGUGCUCUGCCAUAACCCAUCAGGGCUAAUUAUAUCCCUGCUCACUAAUCCUCUUACCCAGAGAAAAGCUCGCGACACAAAUGCCAGCACCCCAUUAUUAUUUUAUUAAUGCGCACUUUCUUAUCAAUACAUCCUUAUAACUAUUUGCACUUUUUACACUGAAGUCAAGGCAUUUGGCUAAAAAAUGGGGAAAAAUAGGAAAAAUGCUUUCUGUCUCCUUAAAAAGCUGUGGUCAUUUAAAUAACAUCCUGUACAUUAGAUAAAGUGGGGGAGCACAGACUGAAUGUGACCAGAUACUUCCAGGGAAUCUGGCUGAUUGAGUCACUUCAUUAGAGGCUUUCACAGCCAGUUCAACCCCUUCAUAAGCACUGAUCCUCUCUGCAGCGCUCACUGAGUGAGGCCUACGCCCAUUUCAACCAUUAAACCUCUCAUUUAAAACAGUCGUCACUCGUCGAUAUUUCGUGCAGUUCGUGCAUCGAUAACACUAAUUCAAACAUCCUCUCAGUUGGCUGUAACUGACUUCUCGAGUGUCUCCAUGUUGUGUCACAGUUCGAUAAGAGUACCCAUUUGGCAAAUAAACUUUGAAAACAGAAUAUCACUGGAUUAAAAAAAAAAAAAAAAAAAAAA